AUGAUUGACAAGCAUCGAGGUUGGCAUGAGAUGUUACCAUAUGCUUUAUUGGGAUACCGCACGACUGUCAGAAUAUUGAUUGGUGAUACGCCUUACUUACUAGUAUAUGGAACAGAGGUAGUCAUACCUGCUGAAGUUGAGAUACCGUCAUUGAAAAUCAUCCAGGAAGAUGAGUUGAGUAAUGUUGAAUGGUUGUAUAGGCAGAGAAUGGUUCAUGCCUUUCAGAAGAGAGUAAGAGCAAGAGUUUUCGAAGUUGGUCAAUUGGUACUUAAGCGCAUUUUUCCUCAUCAAGACGAAUACCAAAAAUUUACACCAAAUUGGCAAGGUCCUUACAUGGUUCGUAAAGUAUUAUCUAGAGCUGCUUUGGUCCUGUCGGAGAUGGAUGGAACCAUCUCAAAAUUCCGCGAUCUGCUUAGUUACGGUGGAAAGAUAAGCAAGACAGUUAACUGGGACAGAAAUUUUGAGGAUGGCCUCAAAAUUUCAGCAUGGGUUUAUCUACGAGUCCGGAGUGACUCUAAAACUCCCUAG